AAACCGUAUGAAGAGUCGAGUUGGCUGCUGAAGCCUUUUCAGCGAUCCGAUCCUACCGUUGGGAAGCCAGGUGAACACGAGACCUUCCUGCUGCAUAUUCAAGCAGGAGUGAACGCUCUCCGCCGAAAGGGCACUAUUCUCCUCUUCUCAGGUGCAAAGACAGAACGGGAUGCGCCCUUCAGCGAAGCUGACAGCUAUCGAAACGUCCUCAUGCAAUGCUUCGGAGACUCUAACGUUGUGCAACAAGCCAUGGCAGAUGGCAGAAUCUUGUGCGAAGACGCUGCAACAGACAGCUAUCAGAACUUGCUCUUCUCCCUCCUCGAGUAUUACGAGGUCAAAGGGGAAUGGCCGCAGAUGGUCACUGUCAUCACGCAUAGUUUCAAAGAGGCUAGGUUUCUUGUGCGUGAUAUACGCGUGCAGGGAAUCAAUCCACCCUUCCCCAUCUCGGAAUUGCGGGAUGUAAAAAGGUUAGAGAAGCAGACUCUGGAUCUCUUCAAAGCAGAUCCUCAUGGUGCUCACGAUCCGCUGUCGUCUAAGCGAUCAGCAAGGCAAUGGUCGACUCAUGUUGAUGUGCUUAGUAACAUAUCGGACACUUUCGUGAGACACUCGAUACAGGAACUGCUGGAAUGUCGCGAGCGUGAUAUAUUCCGCAAACCUUUACCAUGGAUAGAACUCAGUCCU